UAGGGCGCGAGCAGGGGGCGGGGCUAGAGGCGAAGCACCACCAGGAGCUUUUAAUUUGGGACGACCGGAGUGAGAACUGGCCCUUGGCGAAGUCAAUGGGAGCGGAGAGUGGGAGAGACCAUGAAGUUGAACAUCGAUGGAUUGCUUGUUUAUUUCCCCUAUGACUACAUCUACCCUGAGCAGUAUUCCUAUAUGCUGGAGCUCAAGAGGACGUUGGACGCCAAGGGACAUGGAGUACUGGAAAUGCCCUCUGGGACUGGGAAAACCAUCUCCCUCCUGUCUCUCAUUGUGGCUUAUCAGCGGGCUUACCCUUUGGAGGUGACCAAGCUCAUUUACUGCUCCAGAACUGUGCCAGAGAUUGAAAAGGUUAUUGAGGAGUUGCGCAAACUUCUGGAUUUCUACGAGAAGCAGACGGGGGAGAAGAUGCCGUUCCUUGCCUUAGCGCUCAGCUCUAGGAAGAACCUUUGCAUCCACCCCGAAGUGAGCUCCUUGCGUUUUGGGAAGGAGGUGGACGGAAAGUGUUUCAGUCUGACGGCUUCAUAUAUACGGGUCCAGCAUCAACAGGAUAGCAGCGCUCCUUCUUGCCGUUUUUUUGAGGAAUUUGAUGCCCACGGUCGCCAGCUGCCCAUUCCGUACGGAGUGUACAACCUGGACGACUUGAAGGCUUACGGGCGGCAGAAGGGUUGGUGCCCAUACUUCCUUGCCCGAUAUUCGAUUCUUCAUGCUAACAUUGUGGUGUACAGUUACCACUAUCUCUUAGACCCCAAGAUUGCGGACCUGGUGUCCAAGGAACUGGCCAAGAAGUCGGUGGUUGUCUUUGAUGAGGCUCACAAUAUUGAUAAUGUCUGCAUUGAUUCCAUGGGGGUCAACAUCACGCGCAAGAUGCUAGAUCGGUGCCAGGGGAACGUGGCCACGCUACAAACUGCCAUCCAGAACAUCAAGGAAACAGACGCUCAGAAGCUAAAGGAGGAAUACCGGCGCCUGGUGGAGGGGCUGAGAGAGGCCAACGUUGCACGAGAAACGGAUGUCUAUUUGGCCAACCCAGUACUGCCAGAUGAGAUUCUCCAAGAGGCUGUGCCGGGCAACAUCCGAACUGCAGAGCACUUUGUUGGCUUCUUGAAGCGCUUCCUAGAGUACCUGAAGUCCCGCUUGCGGGUCCAUCAUGUCAUCCAGGAGAGUCCCCCGUCGUUCUUGAAGGACAUCCACGAAAAAGUCUGCAUUGACCGCAAGCCGCUCCGGUUCUGUGCCGAACGGCUUCGCUCCCUCCUUCGCACGCUGGAAAUUGCAGACAUCUCCGAUUUCUCCCCCAUUACGCUGAUAUCCAACUUUGCCACGUUGGUCAGCACUUACUCCAAAGGUUUUACCAUCAUCAUCGAACCCUUUGAUGAUAGGACUCCCACCAUUAUGAACCCAAUCCUGCACUUCAGCUGCAUGGAUGCCUCCAUUGCCAUCAAGCCAGUUUUUGAACGGUUCCAGUCGGUCAUUAUCACUUCGGGUACCCUUUCCCCACUGGAUAUCUAUCCAAAGAUCCUGGACUUCAGGCCGGUUACUAUGGCCACGUUCACCAUGACCCUCGCCAGGACCUGCUUGUGCCCAAUGAUUGUGGGGCGAGGGAAUGACCAAGUGGCCAUCAGCUCCAAGUUCGAGACCCGUGAAGACAUGGCUGUGAUCCGCAACUAUGGCAAUCUGCUCCUGGAGAUGUCUGCCAUUGUCCCGGAUGGUAUUGUGGCCUUCUUUACCAGCUACCAAUACAUGGAGAACAUUGUGGCUUCGUGGUAUGAGCAGGGGAUCUUGGAGAACAUCCAGCGCAACAAACUCAUCUUCAUUGAGACGCAAGAUGGAGCCGAGACCAGCAUGGCUUUAGAGAAAUACCAGGAGGCCUGCGAGAACGGCAGAGGGGCCAUCUUGUUGUCAGUGGCCCGGGGGAAAGUCUCUGAAGGAAUUGAUUUUGUUCACCACUAUGGAAGAGCUGUGAUCAUGUUUGGCGUGCCCUAUGUUUACACCCAGAGCCGCAUCCUAAAGGCACGGCUGGAGUACCUGAGGGACCAGUUCCAAAUCCGUGAAAAUGACUUCCUUACUUUCGACGCCAUGCGCCACGCAGCCCAAUGCGUGGGCCGGGCCAUCCGUGGCAAGACAGACUACGGCCUUAUGAUCUUUGCAGACAAGCGUUUCGCCCGGGCUGACAAGCGCGGAAAACUCCCCCGCUGGAUCCAAGAGCACAUCACGGACGCCAACCUCAACUUGACAGUGGACGAAGCCAUACAGGUUGCCAAAUAUUUCUUGCGGCAGAUGGCUCAGCCUUUCCGGAAGGAAGACCAACUGGGCCUAUCUUUGCUCACCUUUGAGCAGUUGCAGUCAGAGGAGACGCUGCGCAAAGUGCAGGAGAUUGCGCACCAAGUGUGAGGGCAAAGGACCCAAGGACCCCACCCACCCACCCCCAUCCAUGGGGGGAGAAAGGAGAGAUUUGGUAGAGAAAUUGAACUAUCCUCAGGGUCACUGCUGCUGCUCCAUCGCACUGGCAGCAGGAAAAAGAAGAGGCGGUCAGUUCAGCGUGAUGUUCGGAGUGAAAAAAGACUGAAGCCAAAGGGCUGUUUCUUGUUUCAGAUUACGGACUAGGAUUUUAAUAAAGAGGUUUGUGGGUUUUGGAUAAGAAA